GUGGUUAUGGAUAAUGGCAUACUACAAGUCACCCUAUCAAAUCCAGGAGGAAUGGUCACUGGGAUACAAUAUCAUGGCAUUGAUAAUUUGCUCGAAGUUCGUAACAGCGAAACUGAUAGAGGAUACUAUGAUAUGGUAUGGAACAACUACAGAAGUAAGGGAACCGAGGGUAACCUUGAUAGGUUGGAAGGGACAAAAAUGGAGGUAGUUGUGAAAAAUGAAGAACAAGUAGAGCUGUCCUUCACUAGAAUGUGGGAUCCCUCACUUAAGGGCAACUUUGUUCCAUUGAACAUAGACAAAAGGUUCGUGAUGCUUCGUGGUUCCUCAGGAUUCUACUCCUAUGCCAUUUAUGAACGCUUAGCAAAUUGGCCUGCUUUCAGCAUGGACACUACUAGGAUUGCAUUGAAGCUUAGGAAAGACAAGUUUAAUUAUAUGGCUAUAGCAGACAACAUACAAAGAUUCAUGCCCUUGCCUGAAGACCGGUUACCACCUAGAGGCCAAGCCCUGGCCUACCCAGAAGCAGUACGACUUGUCAAUCCUGUAGAGCCAGAGUUUAAAGGAGAGGUGGAUGACAAGUACGAAUACUCAGACGAUGCCAAGGAUACCCAAGUUCAUGGGUGGGUAAGCGCAAACCCACCCGUGGGGUGUUGGCAAAUCACACCCAGCUACGAGUUCCGAUCUGCUGGACCCUUCAAACAAUCCCUUACCUCCCAUAACGGUCCCACCAGCCUUUCAGUAUUUCAUAGCCCACACUACGCAGGAGAGGAUUUGGUAACAGAUUUUGGACCUAAUGAGCCAUGGAAGAAAGUUUACGGUCCCGUUUUUAUUUAUCUUAAUUCUUUGACUAAUGGCAAGGGCCCCAGUUUGCUUUGGGAGAAUGCUAAAAAACAGACGAUCAAUGAAGUUAAAGCCUGGCCUUAUGAUUUUCCAGCUUCAGUGGACUUUCCAUCAUCAAAUCAACGGGGUAGUGUCACUGGUCGAUUACUGGUCCUUGAUAGGUAUAUUAAUAAGAAUGUUGUACCUGGAAAUGGUUCUUAUGUUGGAUUGGCACUCCCAGGGGAUGUUGGAUCUUGGCAAAGAGAAUGCAAGGGUUACCAAUUCUGGACCAUAGCUAAUAAGGAUGGCUAUUUCAGUAUUAAUAAUGUACGUGCUGGUGAAUAUAAUUUGUAUGCAUGGGUCCCUGGUGUCAUCGGUGAUUACAAAAAUGUUGCUGUCAUUACCAUAACAUCAGGUCGUAGCGCUGAUGUUGGUAAUCUUGUUUAUGAGCCUCCAAGAGAUGGCCCAACAUUGUGGGAAAUAGGCAUCCCAGAUCGCACUGCUGCAGAAUUCUAUGUUCCCGACCCUAACCUUUUGUAUAUUAACAAACUUUAUGUCAAUCAACCUGACUGCAGGUUUAGACAGUACGGUUUGUGGGAAAGAUAUGCAGAAAUCUAUCCUGAUAAAGACUUAGUUUACACCAUAGGUGUGAGUGAUUACACUAAAGAUUGGUUCUAUGCUCAGGUUACCAGGAAAAUAGCCAAUAAGGUGUAUCAAGGAACUACAUGGCAAAUCAAAUUUAAUCUUCACAAUGUGAAUCGUAUUGCUACUUAUAAGUUACGAGUGGCACUGGCAUCUGCUGCUCUUUCUGAAUUACAGGUUCGGGUGAACAAUCCAAAAACAAAACAACCUCUGUUUUCAAGUGGAUUAAUAGGGGAUGACAACGCCAUUGCUAGACAUGGAAUCCAUGGGCUCUAUUGGCUUUACACUGUGGACAUCCCAGGUGGUCAGCUUGUUGAAGGGGAUAAUACUGUUUUUUUGACACAACCAAGAAGCGUCAGCCCUUUCCAAGGGAUUAUGUAUGAUUAUAUCCGUUUAGAAGGUCCCCCAGGGACAUAA